GCGUCGAACCCUCCGCGCGCCGGCACGAACGUCCGACGUCGUCUCAGUGCGGACCGCAACCUGCCCGUCCCGGACGUGUCGUCUUGGAUUUUCUCGAAACGCCGCGCGCGCGCUAAUAUAGGUACCGCCGAUCGACGUGCGACUGCUGUACAAGUGACACCUCUCAACGAUAUUAUGCAACACGCGCGCACACGCACAUAAUAAUAUUUUAAUACGCGUCUUACGUUUACGCCUGCUCACCUCAUCGUACCUCGCUACCAUCUCAUAAUGUUAUAUUAUCGUAUCACAUUAACGUGCCAUGUAGAUCUGUGGUGAAAAACGAGACGUUUUACAUCCGUCCGACUUUGAUUUCGUUCACGAUUUUGUGCCUCACGCGUGUACAGGGUGCAACACACAUUCAACAUUAUAUUAUACGUCACGCGUGCACGGAUAUAUCGUCCUAUAUGUAGUAUAGAUCGUUUGGCAGUGCCGCUGUGUGCGUUUAUCCGUCGUCGCCGCGAUCGCAAGUGUUCGUCGUCGUCGUACAAUAUAUUUUUAUAAAUUACGUACGCGAUGCGCUGCCGCAGCUAACAAUUGACGCGGGCUCACGUACGCUGGAUUUUUCACACGCGCACAUCAUGCUGCCGUACCAGGCGAUGGCCAUGGACUACGCGUCCGCGUCAUUCCAACGACAUCCGGCCGCGGCCAACGUGGGACACCAUCACCACGCGGCCGGCGGGCCCGGUGGCGGUGGCCCAGGGUCGGCCGCCGCCGCGUUCAGCCCGUCGUGGUUUGUACCGGCUGACUUGUGCAUGCCGUUCGCCAAGCAGAAUCAGCCGCUCGUUGAACCGGGAAUACUUGAAUUGAGAAAAGAAAAAAGUCGAGACGCAGCUAGGUCGAGACGGGGCAAAGAGAACUACGAGUUUUAUGAGCUGGCCAAAAUGCUUCCGUUGCCUGCAGCAAUUACGUCGCAGUUGGAUAAAGCGUCCAUCAUACGGCUGACAAUAUCGUACCUGAAACUGAGAGACUUCUCAGGUCACGGAGAUCCACCGUGGACUAGGGAUGGCCCGCAAUCUGCAUCCAAAAACCUAAAAGGAACCUCAGCUCGAAAUAGAUCUCCUAGUACCAUAGCCUUGGAAUUGUUUGAACAGCACCAAGGCACACACAUACUUCAAUCGUUGGACGGUUUUGCGUUUGCUUUAGCUGCCGACGGACGAUUUCUAUACAUAUCAGAAACCGUGUCCAUCUACCUAGGUCUUUCUCAAGUAGAGAUGACUGGUAGUAGUGUGUUCGACUACAUUCACCAAGCCGACCAUUCUGAGCUAGCUGAACAAUUAGGCCUAGGACUGACUCAAGGCCAGGGGAUGGCAUCGCCGUCGCCCAGCAGUGCUGGCUCCGAAGAAGGAAGUUCCAAUGUGGGCACGGCGAAUCCGGACGUUUCGUCAGUGAUGUCUCUAUCCAGCACAAAUGCAUAUAAAGGCUUAGACAGAGCGUUUUGCAUUAGAAUGAAGUCUACGCUGACUAAACGUGGUUGCCAUUUCAAAUCCUCCGGAUAUAGGGUGGUGCUGUUGAUUUGCAGACUGAGGCCACAGUACACGUUUUCGCACAAUCGGAAAUGUGCGCCACCGCUUUUGGGCGCAGUGUCCCUGGCCAUCGCUCUUCCCCCACCAAGCGUGCACGAAAUCCGACUGGAAACCGACAUGUUCGUCACAAGACUAUACUUCGACUUUCGAAUAGCUCAUUGCGAACCAAGGGUGGCGGAAAUACUAGAUUAUACGGCCGACGAACUGACUGGUAUGAACAUGUAUACCCUGUGUCACGGCGAGGACGUGGGGAAACUCCGAAAAUGUCACCUAGACUUGAUUAACAAAGGACAAAUGAUGACGCAUUACUAUAGGGUGAUGAAUAAAAAUGGUGGUUACACUUGGAUGCAGACGUGCGGUACGGUCGUCUGUAACUCGAAAAACGCAGAAGAACAGAACAUCAUUUGCGUCAACUACGUAGUCAGUGCCAGAGAAUUCGACAAUUUGAUAAUGGAUUGUUGCCAAAUGGAAGAGCAUAUUAGACAGAGGGCGGUGAAAAGAGAAGAAACAGGAGGCAACGACCCUGAGAACGGUUCACCCGAUGGUGGUGGCGGUGAUGGGCGAGGAGGAAAUCCUAGAAGAGAUCACUUAACACCGGCCGACCUGGACGACGGCCACUCGGCCGACGGACAGGGUGAUCCGACGAGAGGCAGGAAUCAUGUGGACAUAACGCAAUUGAACAACGCACCGUCCGAACGACUUCAAUUGAACAACAACAACAACAACAACAACAACAACAGCAUAGGAAUACAACCGAAAAAGUCAGGCAACGACAAACGGAAAGCACACAAAAGGAAAAUCUCUGACCGGGACGAGGCGGCUGCGGCGGUGGCGGCGGCAGAUAGCUGCUGCAGUAGUUCGGAAGAGGAUGCUAUGGUGAGCCGGAAGCCGCAUUUCGCCAGCCUGAGCCCCGCCUCGUCGUCGUGUCAAUCCACGUUGCCGCCCAGUCCACCAAAAACGAACGGCAGCGGCAGUGAUAAGAGACCGGCCGCUAGCGACCCCAACGCCGUGAAAGAGCUCGAGCACGCCAUGUCCAAACACUUGCCGCCGGCCACGGACAAGACGCCCGCGUCAUCAGUGACGGCAGCACACCAACCGACCGACUUUAGUACGGACGCGCUACUUAAGCAGCAGCAACAGAAGAGUACGAUCCAAUGGAUCGGGGCUCACCACCUGGGACAUCACCACCACCUCCAUCAGCAGCAACAACACCAGCAGCAACAGCAGCAGCAGCAGCAACAACAGCAACAACAGAACGGUGGCUUACACCUGCAGCAGCACCAGCACCACCAUCACCCUGGCGGGCCACCUCAUCACCAUCACCUCCAUCAUCACCAACAGCAGCAGCAGCAGCACCACCAUCACCACCAGGGUGCAUUGCCCCACGGCCAACAGUCGACGGGGGGUGCACCAGGCACCACACUGCCAGCCUCAGCACUGCUCCGGCAAAUAUACGCCAACCGCGAGUCGGUGAUCCGCGCCAACGUGCACGCUCCCCGUUCACCCGGCGCCAGUGCUGUCUCGUAUUACGCGGGCGAAAUGAGCACGUUGCCAACGCCGCCGGGCAGCGAGGGUGGUUAUUCAGAACAGCAACAGUUCGGGUCGCAGAAAAACGAGUUCGGUAACAGCGGCGGACUGGCCGUACCACCACCAUACAGUUAUGCCGAUUACCACACGGCCAUGACGCCGCCGUCAUCCGUGUCACCACGCGACAAACAUCAACACCAGCACCAGCAGCAACAGCAACAACAGCACCAGCAGCAACACCAGUAUGAUUUGUACGGGCCACCGCCGACGUCCGCGGACGCAUUGCUGCAGAUACGACAACAGCACCUUCACCAGCAAUACGGCCAUCACGCGGAGGUGACAUCGUCUGCCGCACCCGCGUUGCCGCUGAAACCGCAGCCGUACAACCCAGCACCGCCGCCACCGCCCGGCGUGCCACUCGACCAUUACGAUCAGACGUCCGCGGCCGCGGCAGCUGCGGCCGCAGCAUUUUAUCAUUCGGCUGCCGGCUUUCAUCUUUACCAUCCGUCCAAGUCGACUAUGGCCACUGGCCCGCCGCUGCCACCUCCGCCACCGUCGUCCGUGUAUGCUGCCGACUCGCUAAAAAACCACCACAACUGGUACUCCACACCCACUUAGUAGGGACAGUUGGCAUAGAUUUAUAAUAAUGAUGAAAUUUCAUAAUGUGUACGUUUCAUCCCCGAAAACCAUCCCCAUAAAUGCAUAUGGAGAGGAGUUAAUUUUUAAACGCGACAAGCACUCACUCGUAUUUCCUCGGACAUAGUAUUUUUCAACGAAUCUAAACAAUAGGUAUACUAUUGUUAUUUGUUGCACACAGCAAUUUGUAUAGGUUAUGAUAAUAUCUGGUAACCAAAUGCUGGUUAUUGGUAUUCACUAGUUACUAAAUACAUAUAGUACUAUGUAUCUUCAUUGUUAUUUAUUGCAGGUGCCUAUCUUACAUUUUGCAAUUUUUUCUCUUGAUAUUUUUAAUCGUAUUCCUUUUUAAACUUAGAUAACGUUCACGUCGGCUAUAUAAUACAACCGAAAAAGAAAGGAAUAAAAGACUGGAAUGGUUUGGACACACUAUGAACAUAGAUUACACUUUUAAAUUCUAUAAUGCAUGUGGUGCAGGUGGUGGUCGGAAAGAAUGUAUUAAACUAAAAAAAUACGCGAUAAGUACUAUUAGUACUGUACUAAAUAUAGCCUAUAAAGGCUAAGGCUGAGGCUAAAGGUUGGUGGUUAGAAAAAUACAACGAUGUAAUGUAUUUCAUAAUAAAAUAGGUACGUUUAUAAAAUGUUGAUAAGUCAGGACUACUAAAAUGUAUUGGGUUUCAGGAAUACAUUAUCAGAUACUUGGAUAAUAUUUCUUCCCUCUCCCUCUACCACCAUCACCACCACCACCACCGCCACACGUGACAUUUAGGUACUUCCCUAACUCACCCACAAAAUCGUUAAAUGAUUGUAAAUAACAAACUAUGAAGUAUAAAUAACUUGAGAAAACUUACCAUUAUCAAAAAAUAGUCAAAAGGUAGUGUAAGUCUUGAGUAUGUAUGUGUUUUAUUUUGUAUAACUCAUUGAAUGUCCAAGAAAAUACGGGUUUCGCAAAAAAAUAGCACCGCUAUUAUGUGCAAUUGGUAUACUUAGCUUUU